AACACUAAACCACCCUUGGAGUUUUAUUGGGCUUGGGCUGAUUCAUAUCAAUGAGUUACUGGUGGGCCUUUCCUGAAAUAAUGAAGCCAUGUGUAGGCCCAAGCUUCUUAUCAUCCGAAAUCAAGUCGAACCGAUGGUCGGAAGGAAGGAAGAGGAGUAAACUUGGUCACUUGGAUCUUGUUCUUGCCACAGGAAGAGAACCAGACGUUAACGAACAGAUCAAGCAUCAGCAACAGAUUCGCCAAUUCCAGGAAUCGCGAUCGAAUUCACAGCCACGUAGAGAUGGGGUUUCUGGUAACCACGCUGAUUUUCGUAGUGGUGGGGAUAAUCGCAUCGCUCUGCACCAGAAUCUGCUGUAACAGAGGACCCUCCACCAAUUUAUUGCAUUUGACAUUGGUUAUAACAGCAACAGUUAGCUGCUGGAUGAUGUGGGCUAUUGUAUAUCUUGCACAGAUGAAACCGCUCAUCGUCCCAAUCCUAAGCGAAGGGGAGUAGAAACACCCACGCAGAUGAAGAAGCCAGCCAGCCGAGGAUGUUAUUCGAUUAUUAUAUGUGCAGUCUGUGGCCGGAGCGACAUCUGAGUUUAGGGUUGGCCUUUCAAGGAUCGUUUGCUGUCUCCAUAUUUUGGGAUCUGUGUGUAGUUUGUUAUCACUAUGUAACUUGGAACUGGUUCUUUGGUGGUUCUGUCUUCUCAUUCAAAUUCUUAAAAGGGACAUGUAGCACGUAAACAAAACGAUUCUAUCAGACAAAUAUGAGCCUAGAGAUGAAUUUUGGGGUUCAAUAAUGAAAUACUGCCCAGAAAGAUGAAUUCUUGCAAGAUCAGUUCUUUCA